CCUGACAUACUACCAUAAUAUCCACUAUAACUCACCAAUGCAAGUACCCGGCUAAACGGAAAACAAGCCUGAGCUCACCAUACUACUUUUAUCCGACGCAAAAGUGAAAAGAUAAACAUUUUGGUCAUCGUUCGACCACCUUAAAAAUCACGACCAAAAGGCAAGAGUUUUGGGCAGAAAGUGCGACACAGUUUUUUUUUUUUAGGAGAAUGUGGCAAAUCUCAGGUUAGAGGGAGAGGUAAAAAAAAAAAAGAAGGCGGAUUGAAGCUCAUCAAAGACCAAACAAGUCGUUUUUGAUGGCGAGAUCUACAUGAAAUCCUCUCGCUUCAACAGGACCAGAGGAAGUGCAGCAGCUGUGGUAGAGAGGAGACAUUUUAAGACUCAUUACCUGCCUGAUACAACCGGAGAGGAUGUUGUCUCGGCUGAGGGAGCAGAUAUGGGCAGACUGGAUUUGGUUUCCUGAAGGUUACGGUUGGGCUGACCUCACGGACCACGAUGGCAAAGUUUACCCUAAAACUCAGGACCUCUGGGUGACUAUACCCAUCGCUCUGUGCUUCCUGGUCAUCAGACAGAUAUUUGAGAGGACUGUAGCGACUCCUCUCGCCUCCAUUUUAGGAGUAACUGACAAGAAGCGUGUUCGUGCUUCUCCAAAUCCCGUCCUGGAGCCCUACUUCUGCAGCACAUCAAAGAAUCCCACACAGAGCUCCAUAGAGGUUUUAAGUAAACAGUCGAGCUGUUCAGUGCGACAGGUCCAGAGGUGGUUCAGGAGGCGGAGAAACCAGGAACGACCCUGCAAGCUCAAAAAGUUUCGCGAAGCAAGGUAG